GAGAGAGAGAGAGAGAGAGAGAGAAGAGUGCACAGAGAGGCAGGAGGGAGAGAUAAGGUUGCUUGGGCUGAAGUUGGUGGAGUUGGUAGAGUUUUUAGACUUUGCUUGAAGUUUCCUUCUCAUUUCACGUAUUGGGAGGGGAAUAAGAAAACCUUGGGGGGCUCUCAGAGAAGAGAGGAAGAUCAAGGAAAGAGUGUUUGGAAGGGGUGAAAGAAAAAGGACAAAAAAGAAGGACUGGCUGCUCCAGAAGAAAACAUUGAGUGGAUGUUGCUGUACUCAGUAGUGUCAGAUUUCACAAAAUGAAAGACCACUACAAGAGAGCUUCUGCAGGGCUCAAGCAACCAAGCCAGGAUGCCAGCUGCUAGCAUCAUGACAGGUGGAAGAGCGCUUCUGCUCUGUACAAACACAGAGAACUGCAUCUACCAGUCAGUCAACGGGCUCCAGUGCUGCGGCUUGAAGCUUGAAGACGCUCAAUCUGUGGUGUCACAUAGACCGGAUUUGUCCAGGGUUGUGGACACACAGUCCCCCCUAACAUCCCUGGACAACACUGACCAUUUCCCUGGGAACAUGGACAUGCUCACCCACAAGAGACCGAGUGACACUUAUCCUGUUGAAAAUGGCCUGGGGGCCUGCACCAAGCCCACAAAGCCUCCUGUGGCACUUAAAAGCACUGCCAGCAUUAAGGACAAAAUAUCCCAAUGGGAGGGCAAAACAGAUAGUGCUGGACCAAACUCACAGUCGAUCACCCAGAAAGAGACAGAAAGUGUGAGGAAGAAGGAUCUAAAAUCUACAGAGGUACAAAGAAGAGACAGUAAAAGAGGUUUCAGCCAUGACAGACAGGACUUUGGCAAAGAGAAUGGAAAUAAGAUUGGAGAAUCAAGGAAAAGUACAGAGGCAUGUACGAGGGAAAGAGAUGUGAUACUGGACAAAAUGUCUGUGGGGAAAACUGACAUUGUCCAAGACAAGAAGUCUGUUUUGACACACAUUAAGAAACUUGAGCAAGCUAUGAAGGAGACACCUACUAAGCCAUCCUUGCCAGGCAACUAUUUCUGCCCACCUUCCAAAGAUGAGGCAGAGAAAAGGGCUGCAGAACCCAUCUUCGGGACUGUGGAAGUCAUGAGGUCUGGGAGCCGCCGCGGUCGAACCAGAGACCCUGAGAAUGUGUACACUGAGCCUGGGGCUCCGUCUAUAAACCCUCUGCCCAAACCUCAACGUACCUUUCAGCACCACACUCAAACCAACAGCCUUGGACCUCCCCAAGGUUCAGCAAAGGGGAGGCGGAAUCUGCCCCCUUUGCCUUCGAUACCCCCUCCACCACUUCCCUCCUGCCCUCCACCACCUGGGGUGUGUCAGAGGCCUUGGCAGGAACACACUCGAGACAGUAAUAAGAGGAAGUCAUAUGAGUUCGAGGAUUUGAUGCAGUUGUCGACCGAGGGCUGCCGAGUGGAUUGGUACGCUCAGUCCAAGCUGGGGCUCAAGCACACUUUAUCUGAAGAGAAUGUCUAUGAAGAUAUCUUAGAUCCACCAUCUAAAGAAAACCCUUACGAAGACAUAGACCUGGAAAGUCGCUGCGCUGGAAACAAAUAUCCUGUUCCAACGUCACCGUCUUCACCCACUCUCGACACUCCAACUAAGCUCUCCUCUAAGCCUGGCCUCUUCAGGCAGACUUCAGAACGGCGGAGCUUCAAACUAUUAGAUCUGCGUAAGACAAACAGAGAUGGGGGCAUUGCGUCACCUUCAAGGAUAAGUCCACCGUCAACCCCCAGCAGCCCUGAUGAUACACCGUGCCUCUCUGGAGACCCCUAUAACCGCAGACGAAGGAAAAUCCCCAAGAUGGUGCUGAAAAUAAAUGGUAUCUUUGAGGCCCGGAGAGGGAAGAAGAAGAUGAAGCGAGUCUCUCCGUCGACAGAAUCCAGCUCAGGACGAGGUGUGUUAACAGAUGAAAACAGCGAAUCUGAGAGUGACACAGAAGAAAAGUUAAAAGCUCACAGCCAGAGGUUGGUGUCAGUGCAGACAAUGUUGAAACAGACAGGUCGUUAUCACACGCUGGAGAGAGAUCUGAUGGACCUACAGGAGAGGAAACUGUUCGAGUACUUCCUAGUGGUGGCUUUACAUAAAACCAAAGCAGGAGCUCCAUAUUUACCUGAAGUCACCCAGCAGUUCCCACUUAAGCUGGAGAGGAGUUUCAAGUUCAUGCGAGAAGCUGAAGAUCAGCUGAAGGUCAUUCCUCAGUUCUGCUUUCCUGAUGCCAAAGACUGGGCCCCUGUGGACAAUUUUCCUAGUGAAACCUUCUCAUUUGUAUUGACGGGGGAAGACGGGAGCAGAAGAUUUGGCUACUGUCGUCGUUUAUUGCCUAGUGGGAAGGGGAGGCGUCUGCCUGAGGUCUACUGCAUAGUGAGCCGACUGGGUUGUUUCGAUCUCUUCUCCAAGAUGUUGGACGAGGUUGAGAAACGGAGAGCAAUUUCACCUGCUCUGGUGCAGCCCUUCAUGAGGGGCAUCAUGGAGGCCCCAUUCCCUGCACCGGGCAGAACCAUUACUGUGAAGAACUUCCUUCCAGGCUCAGGAACUGAGGUAAUAGAGUUGUGUCGUCCCUCUGAUUCGCGGCUGGAGCACGUGGAUUUCGAGUGUCUCUUUUCCUCUUUGAGUCUGCGUCUCCUCCUCCGAGUCUUCGCCUCCUUGCUGUUGGAGCGGAGAGUGAUCUUCACAGCAGACAAGCUCAGCACGCUGUCCCAGUGUUGUCACGCAGUAGUAGCCUUGCUCUAUCCCUUCACGUGGCAGCACACGUACAUCCCCGUGUUGCCCCCAGCUAUGAUGGACAUUGUUUGCACUCCGACUCCUUUCAUCGUGGGCCUGCUCUCCAGCUCUCUGCCUCGACUGAAGGAGCUCCCACUAGAGGAGGUCCUGGUGGUGGACCUUGGCAGUAGCCGUUUCCUACGACAGAUGGAUGAUGAAGACUCCAUUCUUCCUCACAAACUACAGACUGCUCUUGAGUAUGUUCUUGAGAAGAGGAAAGAGUUGGCCUCUGACAGAGGAGACCUUUCCACUGAGCACUGCUCUCUGAGCGCUGUGGUGUCCGAGGCUUUCGUCCGUUUCUUUGUGGAAAUAGUCGGACACUACUCGAUCUUCAUGGGGGGCAACGAUCGUGAUGAAGAGUCCUCGGCAUCUUCGUCCUCGCCCACACCUUUGUCCUUUCAACGCGAAGCCUUCCGCAAGGCCGUGACUUCGAAGAGCCUGCGCCGCUUCCUGGAGGUGUACAUGGAGACGCAGAUGUUCGCAGCCUUUAUUCAGGAAAGGGAGAUGCGCAGGCAGGGACUGAGAGGCUUGUUUGAGGUUAGGGCUCAAGAUUACCUGGACUCACUACCUGGAGCUGAGAAUCGAGGAGUCAACAAGUUUCUCAAAGGUCUAGGACACAAAAUGAAAUUCCUUUCCAAAAAGUGAAGUGUUUGGUGGAAAGAUUCCCAAUUAUGUUCCAAAGUAGGGUUUCUACAAAGACGUGAGACCUCAUCACAGCACUGAGACUGGAGGGGAAAAUGCCAUGAGCUGAAAACUGCUCAUCUCCUUUUAUGUAACUCAGAUCAAACCAGUACUAAGGUCAUGUUUAACCAUAGACUUGUAUGUAUGUUUGUGUGUGUGUGUGUGUGUGUGUGUGUGUGUGUGUGUGUGUGUGUGUGUGUGUGUGUGUGUGUGUGUGUGUGUGUGUAAUACUGCUUGCUUUCUAUAAAAUAUGCUAUAAGGUUAAAGGAGAAAGUAGGCAUGGGCCAAAGUUUCAUUUUCUGUACAGUCCUGUUUUUUUUUUUU